AAGAGGGCUUGCAGAUUCGGCACAGCGACUUCUCUGAACACAGCAAGCUUCCCUCCUGUGCAGUCAACAAGACCUCAAAAAACCAUCACAAUGGCCAUUACUGACAUACUCGCCGCUGCUGACAUCACCGCUGCUCUGACCGGCUGCAAGGCUGCUGACUCCUUCAGCUACAAGACCUUCUUUGCUGCCGUUGGACUUUCCAAGAAGUCUGCGGGUGAUAUUGCGAAGGUUUUCGGAAUCAUUGACCAGGACAACAGUGGCGAGACGUGGGCUCUCCUUUCCAAGAGGCUGUUUCUGCAGAACUUCUCCAAAGAUGCAAGAGUCCUGACAGCGGCCGAGACCAAGGCCUUCCUUGCCGCUGGUGACUCCGACGGUGACGGCAAAAUCGGAGUUGAUGAGUUCUCCGCCCUGGUCAAGGCAUAAAUAAAUCCCUGAAGACCAAGAUCAACGGAUUCUCCAUGUUCGUCACGCCCCCCACAAACCUCGCAGUCUUAAAGGCACAUCUCUGUAUUUUUUUAUAGACCAAUUCUAAAAUUCCUGUAUGUUAGCUACAUUGUUGGAACCAUUUCAGCUUUCCACCUGUGUGCAGGUAUUUUAGCCCAUAUUGCUUCACUUCUUAAUAUGGAAGGUGCUCUGUGAAAUCGUCCAAACACAAUGUUUCAAUUGUGGUUGGAAGAGGGAAUAAAAUAAAUACUUUUGC